AUGCUCGCUUCCAUCUUAUUUGGGAUACUACCCCUUCUUACCGACGCUUCACCGGUAUACAAACGAUAUACUUCUCAAAGAAUUCAAUCGGUUUCUCAAAAAGGUCAAUGUCUCUCUCCCGUCGGAUGGCCAAAUGUGACACUUUCCAAUGGUGUACAAGUAGGUAGUGUCGAUUGUGAUCAAGCGCCAGGAUGGGAUAUAAGUCCUGGUAGUGGAAGUGUGAUACUAAGUGGGACUAACUACGCUCUCGACGCAGGAACCGGAAAGGAUAAUAAUGAGAUUGUUAAGAUUUGGCAAUCGUAUCCUGGUUUGUUCCAACAGACCUGGUAUCUCACCCCAGACUCGAGGAUCGCCAUUACUGGGGGAAACCAAUGUCUCGAUCAAGGACCCGUGGGUCCACAGACAUACCAAUGCACCACUGGGAACACGAACCAAGGUGAGUGUUUUACACAUUCGUUUCUCACAUGUUCUGCUUCCUCUUCCUUUUCCGAUAUAUCAGGAAAUCGAAAGUUUGGUAGCUGA